AUGGAGCAUUUCCCAUCGCCAUCGUGUCUUUUGGUCGGAUCGCUGGUGAACAUCUUGAUUUACGAUCCGAAUCAUUUCCAAACCGUGCUCAACUCGCCGCACUGCAUCGGUAAAACCAUUCACUACAGCUUUUUCAAUGUGAAUCGAGGCAUCUUUGCAGCUCCCGCAUCACUAUGGAGAAUCCUGAGAAAGGCCUUUAGUCCCUGUUUCGGUGCCGGAAUAUUACCUAGAUUUGUGCCGGUUUUCAACGAAAAAAGUAUAGAGUUGGUCAAACUUCUGGAACGCUAUCUCGGCAAAGGGGAAUGCGAUAUAUCUCUCGAUAUUGGCAAAUGUACACUGGAUACAGUUUAUGCAACUGCUUGUGGUAUGAAUUUGAACCUUCAAACGUCGUCGGAUGGAGACAAACAUCUGGAAGGACAGCACAAGUUCAUGGAUUCAAUUAUGAAACGCGUUUUCUAUCCAAUCUUUUAUCCUGACUGGAUUUUCCAAACGAUUGGACAUGCGAGAAAAUUCACCGAAGCUCACCAACAGAUGCGAACUGUGUCGUACAAAGUCAUGGAGACUAAAGACGUCGAAAGACCUAAAACAAUUGAGCCUCAAGAAGACAGCGGUUUGGAAGGAAAAAAGCAGCAAAUUUUCAUCGACAAACUGUACGAAAUGGUCAGCGAAGACAAAGUGAUCCAUAGAGCGGACAUCAUCGAGCAUCUGGACACAAUUGCUUUUGUCGGCAAUGAUACCACUUCUACGGCUCUGGUUAACUGUUUUCUAAUGCUUGCGAUGUUUCCGGAAAUUCAGGAUCGAGUAUACCAGGAGAUAAUUCAGUCUUGCCUGGACGAAGAUGUCUCCAUUGAUGAUGCCUCGAAACUCGUCUACACGGAGAUGGUCUGUAAGGAAACGAUGAGACUUUUCCCGGUGGGACCAAUAAUAACUAGAACUGCCUCGGCUGCUUUAAAAUUGGAUGAUCACAAUACGGUUCCCGCUGGAGCAUCGAUUGGUCUGAUUGUUUAUCUUGUGCAUCGAAACAUCGAAAUUUGGGGGCCGGACGCUAACGAAUUCAAUCCGGACCACUUUCUGCCGGAACAGGUUGCCAAGAGGCACCCGUAUUCCUAUCUGCCGUUCAGUGGAGGGCCUCGAAACUGUCUUGGGAUUCGAUAUGCAUGGAUAUCGAUGAAGAUCCUACUGGUUCAUGUCCUGCGGAAGUACCGACUACACACCACAUUAACUCUAGAUACGUUAGAUAUCGACUAUUCACUGAUUCUGAAAAUCAAAAACGGUUGUCAAGUUUCGCUGGCGCUGAGGCAGUAG